CAAAUGCCAACCAUAUUCACACAAAUACACACACACACACGCACUCACACAUACGAAAAGAGCUCACCAACAAACCAAAAAAGUCGCUCACGUCUAGCAAAACUAUCAAUCAGCGCGGAAAGCAUCCGUGCGUCCGUCCGUCAUAUGGUGCGCCUCAGCACGGCCCUGGCCAUGCGUCGCCUCCGCCCCCUGCCCUUGCCCUUGCCGCUGCCCCUGCCCCGCUCAUUCUCUGAUUUCAGCUUCUGCUCAAACACCAGCUGGGCUUGCCACACCCGGUCUGAGAAUGCGCCAAGACCGCCGUUGUUGAGUCCGGCCGUCCUCGCCGCCCAGUGUGAGGGCCGGCACCAGUUGAGGACCGACGGCGCGGCCACCACACGGUCGUUGAGACCGAAAGGGAUGAACGCAACUGACGGCGAUACGUCACAUCACACACACACACGCACACACACACACACACGGAUAAGUCCGCCUGCAUGCCUUUAAAGGAUAGGAUUGCUGACUGGCAGUCGCUUCUUGGCUCACUCACCCGGUGCGCAUCUCGAGAACGACGAUAUGCGAUAGCCUGCAGCAACCAAGCACGGCAGUGAUGGGUGGAGAACGGAAGACGGAUAGACCGUCAUCUCAUCGUGCCGGCUUAGCCUCUUCCCCACGCACAUCACAUACCUCGGCUGCAUCACACAGAAACACACAGAGGCAUCAUCCGGCAACAGACAGUCACGCGAUCAUGAUGCCCAUUCUCCCGCCCUCCCUCCCUCCAUCCGGCCAUCCAUCCAUCCAUCCAUCCGUUCAUUCACUCAUUCGGAUGUGCGUGCGCAUACCUCAGCGUCACAAUGCAUCGGACGAGCGGAACGAGGUGAUGAAGGCCGACGAGGAGGACUAACAGCAGCGCUGAGCGAGUUGCAAACACAUCCAUACAUUCCAUCCUGUGCAUCGCAUUCAUCCCCCAUUCCUUCUCCUUCGUUCGUACCUUUCCGCCAUGGUAUCACCACAGCGGCUCAUUCUCGCGCCUCCACCCAUCUAUCUACC